AUGCAGCAAUCGAAAGUCCAGCCAUCCAUUGCGACUUUGAAUAAGAUUAUUGAAUCUAAUUCAUCAAAACCAGAUAAGCCAAACUUAUAUCCAAUUUAUAAAUAUGUUCCUCAUAAUGAUAUUAGUACCCAUCAAGCGUAUUUGAAGUUAGCCAGAUUGAAUGAUCCAAAGAGAGGUCCAUCUUUCCUUUUCGAAUCUUCUGUUAAAGGUGAUACUGUCGACAGAUAUACUUUUAUUGGUAUUAAUCCAACCAAGAUUAUCAAGACUGGUGAUGAUGCCAGCAAAUUUAGUAAAGAUUUCUGUAAUGUAGAUCCAAUCACGGUAUUAGAAAAGGAAUUGGAUCAAUAUAGACAAGCUUCAUUACCUGGUUUACCUAAGUUCAGUGGAGGUGCUACUGGUUAUAUUUCAUAUGAUUGUAUUAAAUAUUUCGAACCAAAGACUCGUAGACCAUUGGAAGAUGUUUUGGGAUUACCUGAAGCAGUAUUGAUGUUAUGUGAUUUAGUCAUUGUUUUUGAUCAUGUUUUCCAAAGAUUUCAAAUUAUUUAUAAUAUAAAAGUAGAUGAUGAACAAGAUGUUGAAAAGAAUUAUCAAUUGGGUAGUUUUAAAAUUGAUGAAAUUGAAAAGGUAUUAUUAUCUGAUGCAAAGCCAGAAGAUAUCAAUCCAGUACAAGGUCCAAUUAAGAUGAAUCAAACCUUCACUUCUAAUAUUGGACAAGAAGGCUAUGAACAACAUGUAACAACCUUAAAAGAUCAUAUUUUGAAAGGUGAUAUUAUUCAAGCUGUCCCAUCUCAAAGAAUUGCUCGUCCUACAUCAUUACAUCCAUUCAAUAUCUAUCGUCACUUAAGAACCGUUAACCCAUCUCCAUAUUUAUUUUAUAUUGAUUUAUUAGAUUUUCAAAUUAUUGGUGCCUCCCCAGAAUUAUUAGUUCAAUCAGAUAGUAAUGGAAGAGUAGUCACCCAUCCAAUUGCAGGUACUAUUCCAAGGGGAAAGACCAAUGAAGAAGAUGAAGCUAAUUCCGAAAUCUUAAGAUCAAGUUUAAAGGAUAGAGCUGAACAUAUUAUGUUGGUUGAUCUUGCUCGUAAUGAUAUCAAUAGAGUUUGUCAACCUACUUCGAAUAAGGUAGAUAAACUUUUAACGAUUCAAAGAUUUUCUCAUGUUAUGCAUUUAGUUUCUGAAGUUAGUGGUACUUUAAGGGAUGAUCAAACUAGAUUUGAUGCAUUUAGAUCUAUAUUCCCUGCAGGUACAACUAGUGGUGCACCAAAAGUUAAGGCGAUGGAAUUAAUUGCCGAGUUAGAAAAAGAAAAACGUGGGGUUUAUGCCGGUGCGGUCGGUCAUUGGGGCUAUGAUGGAAAGACAAUGGAUACCUGUAUCGCUUUGAGAACUAUGGUGUACAAAGACGGAGUGGCAUAUUUACAAGCAGGUGGUGGGAUUGUAUUUGAUAGUGAUGAAUAUGAUGAAUACAUGGAAACAAUGAACAAGAUGAGAGCUAAUAACAACACUAUCGUCGAAGCUGAAAAGAUCUGGGCCGAUAAAGUAGGGCAAAUAUAA